AAAGUGCCAUCAUGCCGAAACAUCUACAUAUACCAGGCCUAUGCAAUGUGAGGAACAAUGCAGCGACCCAACAAGGCCCUGCACGACAUCCAGAUGUUUCCGGACAGACGCUGAAGCAAUCACACAAUGACUGAAUCUACGACUCUAACGGUCACCAAAGCCGUUCAAUGGCGAGAACGACUCCUCAGCAUGAUUCCUGAAGAGGUACCAGGAGCUCCACCAGUCAUCGACUUCUCACCAUUCUACGAGGACGACGCCGAUGCUAGGGCGAUUCUUGUGGACCAAGUGCGAGAUGCCUGCCUGGAGAAAGGAUUCUUUCAGAUCAUUGGACAUGGUGUCCCGGAAGACCUCCAAAAGGCCAUGUUCGAGCAAUCUGCAGACUUCUUCUCGCUACCGCUGGAGCAAAAGGAGAAAUACGAUAAAGCAAACAACCCGAACAAGUUAGGAUACGAACGUCUACGAUCACAGAAUUUCGAGGGUAAAACUGCUGGCGAUCUGAAGGAGGGCUUCUUCUUUGGCAGAGACCUACCCCCAGAUCAUCCUUACGUCCAACAAGGAAGGAUUCAUUGUGGGCAGAACGUCUACCCAGAUGAAGUUUCUGAUCAGGAACGCUUCAAAGCCACUGUCAAUAACUAUCACCGAGCGAUGACAUCCUUGGCCGAAAACAUUCUCAGUGUCAUUGCCAUGACUCUAGACUUGGACAAGGAUUACUUUCAGUCUUACUGCCACGAACCAGCUGCUGUGUUACGACCUCUGCACUAUCCGCCUCAACCGGCUGAUGCGAGUGAGGAUGAAAGGGGUAUCGGGGCGCAUACCGACUUUGGCGGCGUGACUAUACUCCUUCAGGAUGACGUUGGUGGGCUACAAGUAUUCGACGCUCCAUCGAAGACUUGGAUCGACGUGAAGCCAACCCCAGGUGCAUUUGUGGUCAACUUGGGGAACAUGAUGAUGCGCUGGUCAAACGACGUUUAUGCUUCGAACCUGCAUCGAGUGAUCAAUAAAAGUGGAAAGGAACGAUACAGCAUACCGUUCUUUUAUUCUGGCAACCCCGACCAUAUCAUUGAUUGUUUACCUGGAUGCGAGGAUGCCUCUGGGAAAUGCAAAUAUCCGCCGAUCAGGGGCGAAGACUGGAUAUUCGGACGACACAGCAAUACCUUUAGGGAAGCCAAAGGACUGGAGGAGCUAUCGGGUUUGGCCAAAAUCGCUUGAUGAUGAAAAUGAAGACCGGCAUUUUGCACGAGGCUAGCCUUUAGGUAGUCAAUGUUGUUCAAUACGAAAUCAAGAAAUGUCUGAUGAGCCUCGCUAGCCUUGCCCGUUGAUUCUUCGGGCGGUCGACAGGCGUCUGGACGAUUGAAGAGCUGGGACUGCUACAUGGAUGCAAGAAACUGUCCCCUGUGUGCAUAGUCCGUAAAUGAUUGCUCCAAGGUGAAAAGGGGCCUGGACGAGGCUACCUAGCCUCGCACCCUCGCUAGGUACCUACCUGGUAGUUACUGUGGU